AUGAGUCAAGCUGAAACACUGAUCAAGGAUAUGAAGGCCGAUCUUGGUGGCACAGAAUUGCUUAUGCCACUUCGAUGGUUAAAAGAGAACAAACCACUUACAAGUGGUGUAAGACAAAUCUUUUUAUUGACAGAUGGAGAAGUUUCCAAUGUUACUGAAGUAACAAACCUCUGUCGUGAGAUGUCCGAAUACACACGGAUUUUCUCGUUUGGUUUGGGCCAUUCACCAAGUCGCGCUCUUGUUAAAGGUAUAGCUCGUGCUACUAAUGGUUAUUUUAAUUUCAUUGCUCCACAUACAAAUGUGGACAUCUAUGUUGCCGAACAGCUUGCUCGUGCUUUACAACCAAGUAUUGCAGAUGUGUACGUUAAAUGGAAUACAAACCAGCGUAUCCUUCAUAAAGUGCCCGAACAUGCUCCACCUGUGUUUGUCGGAGAUCGGUUACUUUUCUAUGCUUUUCUCGAUGAGUCAAUGCCAUUUGAUCACACAAUAAGUGUUGAGUUAUUUAUUGGCACGCAACAACAAUCCAUUGGUUUAGCUCGUAUAGAUCAUGUACCAUCAGUACUUAGUUCGCAACUUGUUAUGCGUUUAGCAGCAAAAGCAUUGCUUCGUGAACUUUCGGAUGAUCAAAAAACCAUAGACAAAGAACUUCUUGUUAAUAUUUCAAUCAAGUAUGAUGUUCUGUGUCCAUACACAGCUUUUAUUGGUGUUGAAAGACGGUUGGAUAUCAACAGUGAAAGCAAUAUCGAUAUGGAACUUCGCGAAGUGCCAAUCAUGAUAAGUAAGACAUGUCAAGAGUCACUAACACGAUUUCGUGAUUUUCAAAUACGUAUUUUCUAG